AUGCCACUCUACGUCGUAGUACCAGACCACAACCCGCUCCACGACCCCAUCAGCCACCUAUGGCACCAAUCCCUCCUGCCCCUCACGAAAGUCGCCCUUUUAGACUCCUUCCUCGGCGAUCCCGGGCCUCUGUUCGACACCACGCGCAAGUCUCCAAAUGUAUACUUGAGCUAUGUCGAGACGACGAUCAGAGGCGCGUUGUAUGCGUGGAGCAAGUAUAAGGUGAAGGAGCUGAAGUUUCUGCAUAUUACGAAGGGGGCGGAACUGAUGUGCAAUGGCAGGAGUAGGGAGGAGAUAGAGGGGUUUUUGCAGGAGACGUUUGAGAAGUCGGCGUAUAAUCAGCAGGGGAAUGGGCAGGUGCAAGCGGUGGAGAAGGGGGAUGAGAGGGUUAUUGUGGGAGAGAUUGUAGAUUUGAUUGUUAGGCUGAGGUGGAUGGUUCCGGUAUGGAGUUUCUGGGAAGGAGUUAGUCCCGAGAAUAGAGAGACGAGCUUGACGUGGGUGGAUGGCAGUGUGAGGGGUGCUUUUCAAAGGCAGUUUCGGGCGAGGAGUAGGGCUGUUAGUGAGAGUGGGACGGGAGCGACGGGUACAUUUGAGGGUAUUGCGAAGCUUGGGGCAAAUGGGAUUGGAGGGGAUGUGAGGUUUGAGAAGGGUUGGUGUUUGAGGGUUAUCGAGAAGGAGAUGGGGUGUAGGAUUGUCUGGACGAGUAAUCUGCUGGACCAUUUGAGGUUCAGAGAGCAUGGACAUACUGCUGGGAGCCCGACGACAGAAGAAUACCCUGAGGACACGCAGAGGACUUUGUGUGUCUUUCACCAUGCUGCUUUCUUGAGUUAUCAGAUUGGCAGUGAUGUCUACCCCGAAGGACUAAUCGAAGAAACCCUACGAACCCUCUCCCUCCUCCUCCCCUCCUCCGACAACGAAACCCAAGACUGGUUUCUGCGAAACCAAAUCCAAUACCACCUCGAUGGCGAAGCUGCCCGAUGCAAACCGCUACCAAAAGAACAGAGGAACAUCGAGAAUUUUAGGUACUGGAGAGAUAGACUCACGACCCUUAAACAAGCCUACGAUCGUUCGAAACCGCAGGAUAAGCCGAAAUCUCUGCUACGACGAUAUCUUUCUGUGCUGCAGCUGAAUAAUACUUGA